CUGCUGGCUUGGCCUACAGCCAGGCUGGCUAGACAGACAGACAGAGGGAGGGAGGGAGGCAGGUAGGGCACAGUGUGCCAAGUGUCUUUCCAUCCAAACACAUUCCAGGCUUUGAAAAGCCAGUGCCUAUCUCAUCUACCUGUCUGUCUUUCUUCUGUUUUUCUGCGCUGCAGGGUAGGGGAAGAAAAAAAAGAACGCUUUAUAGUAUGUGAAAUCUCGAAAAUAGUACUCCGAAUGCAUCAUCUAAUGCGUGAUUGCGUUGACUCCCGCCAUUAGUUCAUUUUGGUACUGCGCAUCAAUAAUCAGCUGUUGUCAAACACGUGAUUUGGAAAAGACGAGUGAAUUCUACUAGAUCAAACGCCGAAAUUAGUAUGCAGUUUGUAUGUAGUAUGUAGUACGCUAGUAUGGGUAUUCGGACAUGACCAGUGAGUGCGCACGAGCGUGCGUGCGUGUGUGUUGUUUGUGCGUAUGUGUGGGUGCUUACGUGUGUGUGUUUGUGUGUGUGUGCAUAGAGCAGCUGGUGGCUGAUUGGGUUCAGCUGGGCCAGAGAGAGCGAGAGAGCAAGAAACAUUGUUACGGUGUAAACAUUAAAUCCACUAUGCAUUAUGUGGGUUGCAUGCUAUAACAACACAAAAUAAAACAAUUAAUAAAAGUCCCAUGAUGGUAGUGACUGCCCAUUACUGCUUAUUACUUAUUAACUGUCAUUUAUUCACAUUACUUUACUUUAAUAAAAUAUUUCAGUUGUGUAUAUUUGUUUUAUUUGAUAACUAUUAUUUCAUUCUAAGUCAUCAUCUCAUCUCUAUAGAGCUGCUGCCUAUGCUGUCUGACAAAAUCACUAUUUCGUAGUUCUUCAAAGUAAAUAAGGCAUACUUUUAUGACUGCUGAGUACCAUCUAUCAAUCAUUUAGAUAAUGUAUUUUCAGGUAGAGAUACCUCGCGAAGCAACCGCUGAUCUCUGUAUCACCUCACGAUCGCGCAUUUUUCUCUCUUCAGUAGCAGGUGUAAAAUAAACACAUACCGGACAAGUGAUGCGCAAUAGAUUAUGGUCAUUGUAGUUAAUUACCACGUUUUAUGCACUAAACUAUGUAGAAUAUUGGCCCGUUGGAAACCACAACUCCCUACUAUAUCGCACAGUUCAGGUUGGAUCUAAUUUAUCUCUAGAGAAACUGUACGAUGUGCGCAUUGAGCUCACAGAAAAAACCCCGAACCAAAUGGAAUUCAAAUAAUUGAACCUAUGUCAUCAAUUAGUUGUUUAAAAACCGAAAAUUAACCUACAAUUCAGUUAAUCGCUCAGCACUAGGUGUUUGCAGGCAGGAGUUAUGUCUUCAAAUACGUAAAGGUCAAAAUGUUUGAUAUAAUAUGGCCUGAAAAAGAGGGCUCUGCCUUUACAUGUCUUUGAAAGGAGUAACAAUAAUGAAGAGUUAACCUGAAAAUGCUUGUUUGUGUUAUCUGGUGUAAGUACGCCAAGCUUUGUUGGCAAGCCCACGGAUCUCACAUGAUUGAGCAUGGACAGCUGGAACACUUCUGGUCCUCACUUGAACUAUCAACAGUGACUUCCUUGUUAGUGUGCUGUAAUGACACACCUUUUAAUCUCUUGUCUUCUGUCAGAGAGCAUGUCAACACCUAGAAAUAGUCAGAGUUGUUGUCAGCCCACUCCAGACAUGUCUCAGACUCAUUUGUGUUAAUUAGACUCAAUUCUGAUGUUCAAGGUGGUUGAUUCAUAGGUAUGCUGGCAACGGUCUCCAGCCACAGUCUGACUGCAGCUAACAAUGCUGUGUUUGAAACCACGUUUUUACUUUGAAAACAUUAAUGAAACCUUUUUUAAGACAUUCUUAAUGUGUCCAGUCUAGUCUACUAGGCAAGCACAUUUAAAAACCUGCACAUUCUGGCCUCCCGACCAUCAUAUAUUUUAUGGUACAGGCAGUGUCUUUGAGGUUUUUGUCAGUAACUGUAAAUACAACUAUGUGGAAAACUUUGGCUUAAACCAUCAACAGAUUGCAUGACAACCAUUUUCAAACGUCUUCGGUUGAGAAUGAAAGCAUCAAUCUGCAAUUAGACAAGGUUCUCAUGACACAGGACAAAAGUGACACAUGCAACACAUGCUGCUACAAAACAAAGCUGGACAUCCGUCUAUGUAGAGAGGAUAGCUUCAGAAUCGGAGCAUGAUGACUGACUACCUGACCCCUCGUCACUCUGAGAGCCUGUUCAGAGUGAGUCAGCAUUGGCCUGUUGUUACGUUGCUAAUGCACAGGAAAUGUUUUUUUUGGGGAUGCCUAAUUGAAUCACUGUAAUAAGACAACAUCCUUCUUCCUCCAUUAGCCUCUGGUGGGCCCAGAGAAGUGUGUGUGUGUGUGUGUGUAAUGUGGGUUUACUGUGGGUGCAGGAUGGAGAUAUAAUAACCUGGCUGUCACUGUGGUGUUGAGGUCAAAAGUGCUCAGUGAGUGUUAAUGUGAACUGUCUCACCUCUCAUACAUACAGUGCAUCCAAUAAGGCACACGCACGCUGUCCACAUUAACAAACCACACGUGAUUGAGUUGCCACAUUUCUUUCUUAACUCUUAACUCAUAGCAUGCUACUGAAACUGGCUAAUUAACGCUGGAUCUGGGCAGAAAAGUCUAUAGGCACAGCAAGGGGUCAUUGCCAACGUAGAGGCUAUAGGAAGGAGUAUGCUUUCAUAUUGUGUGUAAAGUGCAUACAGUGAGGGAAAAAAGUAUUUGAUCCCCUGCUGAUUUUGUUCGUUUGCCCGCUGACAAAGAAAUGAUCAGUCUAUAAUUUUAAUGGUAGGUUUAUUUGAACAGUGAGAGACAGAAUAACAACAACAAAAUCCAGAAAAAUGCAUGUCAAAAAUGUUAUAAAUUGAUUUGCAUUUUAAUGAGGGAAUUAAGUAUUUGACCCCCUCUCAAUCAGAAAGAUUUCUGGCUCCCAGGUGUCUUUUAUACACGUAACAAGCUGAGAUUAGGAGCACACUCUUAAAGGGAGUGCUCCUAAUCUCAGUUUGUUACCUGUAUAAAAGACACCUGUCCACAGAAGCAAUCAAUCAAUCAGAUUCCAAACUCUCCAUCAUGGCCAAGACCAAAGAGCUCUCCAAGGAUGUCAGGGACAAGAUUGUAGACCUACACAAGGCUGGAAUGGGCUACAAGACCAUCGCCAAGCAGCUUGGUGAGAAGGUGACAACAGUUGGUGCGAUUAUUCGCAAAUGGAAGAAACACAAAAUAACUGUCAAUCUCCCUCAGCCUGGGGCUCCAUGCAAGAUCUCACCUCGUGGAGUAGCAAUGAUCAUGAGAAUGGUGAGGAAUCAGCCCAGAACUACACGGGAGGAUCUUGUCAAUGAUCUCAAGGCAGCUGGGACCAUAGUCACCAAGAAAACAAUUGGUAACACACUACGCCGUGAAGGACUGAAAUCCUGCAGCGCCCGCAAGGUCCCCCUACUCAAGAAAGCACAUAUACAGGCCCGUCUGAAGUUUGCCAAUGAACAUCUGAAUGAUUCAGAGGAGAACUGGGUGAAAGUGUUGUGGUCAGAUGAGACCAAAAUCGAGCUCUCUGGCAUCAACUCAACUCGCCGUGUUUGGAGGAGGAGGAAUGCUGCCUAUGACCCCAAGAACACCAUCCCCACCGUCAAACAUGGAGGUGGAAACAUUAUGCUUUGGGGGUGUUUUUCUGCUAAGGGGACAGGACAACUUCACCACAUCAAAGGGACGAUGGACGGGGCCAUGUACCGUCAAAUCUUGGGUGAGAACCUCCUUCCCUCAGCCAGGGCAUUGAAAAUGGGUCGUGGAUGGGUAUUCCAGCAUGACAAUGACCCUAAACACACAGCCAAGGCAACAAAGGAGUGGCUCAAGAACAAGCACAUUAAGGUCCUGGAGUGGCCUAGCCAGUCUCCAGACCUUAAUCCCAUAGAAAAUCUGUGGAGGGAGCUGAAGAUUCGAGUUGCCUUGAAACCUUAAUGACUUGGAGAAGAUCUGCAAAGAGGAGUGGGACAAACUCCCUCCUGAGAUGUGUGCAAACCUGGUGGCCAACUACAAGAAACAUCUGACCUCUGUGAUUGCCAACAAGGGUUUUGCCACCAAGUACUAAGUCAUGUUUUGCAGAGGGGUCAAAUACUUAUUUCCCUCAUUAAAAUGCAAAUCAAUUUAUAACAUUUUUUACAUGCGUUUUUCUGGAUUUUGUUGUUAUUAUUCUGUCUCUCACUGUUCAAAUAAACCUACCAUUAAAAUUAUAGACUAAUCAUGUCUUUGUCAGUGGGCAAACGUACAAAAUCAGCAGAGGAUCAAAUACUUUUUUCCCUCACUGUAAUGGCCCUUCUGGCCUGUGUGUCCUCCUACGAUGCCUCACGCUGUGACACGCUUGGAGGGAAAAACCUCUCAUUCCUCUGUGAGAGAGCCGAACACUGGCUCACUAUGCUGUCUGUAAAUUGAGUCUUUCUUCCUUCCUAAACAGUGACACACUGGAAUGCAGCACAUUAAUAUGGACACGGGUGGGCUCUCAGAAUUCCUGUCAUAGCCUCUUUUUUCUUUGACAAUUCUGAGCUUUUCAGCUCCCACCAUGUCAGGCCAAGCAGUUGUGUGUGUGCGUGUGCAUGCGUGUCUGUGUGUGUGUGUGUGCAUGCAUGCUUUAAAGCUGGAAUCCUUAAUGGUGAAACAGCCUCAUCCAUUUGUGAUAUUACAACAACAAAGAAGUUACUGCAAACAACCAACACUGUUUUUCCCCCUCUGACAUCAUUGAUAGAAGACGGUGGUGGGGCGGCCAUUGGCGCUGUUUCCCCCUACUGCGGAUUCCAUCUUUAAUGUUGGUACAGAAAUGAUUACUAAAGUAUAAUCAAAGCUACAAACUUUCACGUCAUUGUGAAAAGUGUCUUUAAACGUGACUGAUUCUACACAGUCUGCCUGCAAUGUAAAUGAUCUCAUACAUGUGCCUUGUCUCUCUGUGUCUCUACAGCAACCUGGGCCAAGGUGGAGGUGAACAUGGAGGACAGAGUGGAGGUGUUCCUGAGGGACACGGCCCAGAUCACCUGCAUGUUCACGGUCUCAGACAACCCCGACGACGUCAUUAUCCAGUGGUACAUGGUGAGUAGUCCCACACACAAAUGCAUGCGCAUGGACACACGCGCACACACACAUGCACGCACACGCACACACACACACACACACACACACACACACACACACACACACACACACACACACACACACACACACACACACACACACACACACUGUUAGUGCUUUAGCUAACUCUGUUAGCAGUUGGCUAAAGACCAACAGAUCUGACAACCAGGCUAACACAUCCCUUACAUCUCAGAUCCCUGUUUCACAAAUGAACUCAUGCUCUCUGGGCUGAGUCCUAACUUGAGAUCCAUUGUGCAUUUAUGCGUCAGCUAACAUUGAUGUAAAUGGGAGAUUUACAUGGGCACAAAGAUUUACUUUACGCCCAUGGAUCUCAGGGAUUCGUCCCUCUGCCCUGUUUUCCAAUUGACUUUGACAAUGACCUUCGGCUUGGAUCGUAGAUCACAAAGACCAAUGUCCGCUUGAGGAUCUACUACGGAGACAGCACCAUACAGGUAGUCGACCGGGGCGGGCAGUUCACAGACAAGAUCAGUGUGAUUGGGAAUGGGAAGAGCAGCGAGGUGGUGCUGACCAUCAGGGACGUGGCGCUGGAGGAUGAGCUAGAGUUCAUCUGCCAGGUCAACGGGCUGUCAGCGGGUAACGAGGAGGGACGCACCAUGCUCAAGGUGUUCGGUAAGAGUGUGAUGCACCCAUUUCUAGGGCCAGUUUCCUGGACCCAGAUUUAGCUUAGUCCUGGAAUAAAAAGCAUGUGGCAUGCUUAUAAAGCUGCAGUAUUCUAGCUAUUGCUCCCAAUGUGGUGUCAUCCAUUGUUCCACUCUAGAGUCACCUGAUCGUCCAAUCAUCGAGGGGGUGCACUCUGGGAUCUCUGUCAGCAAUAAGAACCCAUCUAAGGUAAAAACAAACAAACAAACAACACAUUGUUAGCGAUAGCUACGGUCAGUGAGGACUUCAGGGGAUAGCAUAGGGAUAAGGUAAGGGCUUGUAACUUUUGAGGGCUUGUAACGCUGACCUUUAGCGAAAUGCAAAGUAUGUCGGUUUUAUUGUAAAAAACAUUUAAAAUGAAGCUUUUUAUAUAGAGUACAUGGUUUUCAGGAGAAAAGGGUUUACACUGACCGUGUAACGUCAUCUUUCUCCACAGAUAGGGAGCUGUGAGGCUAAGAACGGCUACCCCAGGCCCAACAUCACUUGGUACCGUGACCAGAUCUCACUGCAGAACACGCCAGGCGGUGAGUAACACCAAGGUUUGGACCACAGUGUCCAUGGACACAUUAGUAUCUACGCUAUGUGAAACAGAGUUGAUAAUAACAGCUAGCAAUUCCACAUCUGCUUCAUGCUCUUCCUGCUUUUUGUGUGGGCAAAUUGACAAUAACAAACACAUUAUAAACACAUUUAGAAUGUUGUAAACAUGCCUCAGAUCUCACAAGGAAGAACAUAUUUUAUCUGCUAUCAAAGACGAAAAGGAGAUUGAUGUCGGUCAAGAAUUUGACAGUGACCUUGAAGAACAAAGAUCAGUGAUUAAUAUGACACGGAUCAUGCCUGUUGGAAAAAUAGAUGUCUGUUUCAUGUGCCUGAGAUGUGGAUUUGAGCUGAAAUAUUAAUUUUUAAAAACGGUAUUUAAAAAUAGAAAAUGAAAGGAAGUGAUAGUAAACUACCCCAUGUAUUCUCUCCCCAACCUGGCCACUGGGGAUACAUCAACAUGUGCAAGCAGCUACACUUCUACAGUAACUCAAGUUCUCUGUUUUCCAUAUGUGCUGCUUGUCUCAAAGUGGUCAGUGUGGUGACCCUGGUCACUAAGGAGUCCAGUGGUCUGUACACUGUCCAGAGUGACCUUCACCUGAAUGUGGUCAAGGAAGACAAGGAUUCGUUCUUCUACUGCGAAGUCAGCUACCUUGUCCCUGGUGGAACCAAGAUGACAGAGACCAACAAGAUCAACAUCACUGUCCACUGUGAGUCUACUGUGCACCCUCUUAAUGUGUCCCCCUCAUAUGGAGACAGUAGAAAACUAUACACAUGCACAGUCACAGACUUACACAAGUACAGUGCCGUCUCAACGAGAAGUAUGAAUCAUAAAUACAAGCAACUAUGCUACAGUGCAACGUUUUUAUUUUCUGAUUGUUUGUGCUGUCGCCACGUGUUUCUGUCAAGUUGUGAAGUCUCUCUUGUCCCGUACUGUACUUUAUAUGGCCACACUUGCCACUUUUCAGGUCAUCUUUGUUAACACGAAUUAGGUCUUACAUCUCGCUGACUUGCCUGGAUAAAUAAAGGUUAAAUUAAAUAAAUGUAAAAUCUCUUCAGAUCCAACCACUUCUCUUGAUGUGUGGGUGGAGUCACCGAAGGGGCGUGUCAAAGAAGGGGACACAGUUGAGAUUCAUUGCCGUGCCGACGGGAAUCCUCAACCACCCUUUACAUUCAUGCACAAUAUGGUAAGAAACCCAUGCCUAUCUCCUAGUCCCAUGUAAAAAUACAAAAUAAAAUGCUUUCUGUGUCUCCAACCAUAAACAGAACUAUAUACAUUUAUGCAUGUAUUUACUGUAAGUGAUUGGAUGUGCCUAUACCUGUGGAUGUGGAUUGUGUGUGUGUCACUGUGUGUAUGUGUGUGUACGUGCAUGUCUGUGUUCAUACACAUCACUGUUGAUGUGUGGUAUAAAUGCCACUCCCUCUCUGUAGGAGGAGCUGAAAUCUGAGCUGAACGUAUUGGUCCUGAAAGACGUGACGCGGCUAAGCAACGGCAACAUCACGUGUGGCGCACUGGACCUGGACACAUAUGAAGAAACCCUAGCACACACAGAGCUCUUUGUCGACUGUGAGUGAGACGUUCCUCUGGUACAACUGUCCUGUACUGCCCGGUAGACAUUUCUGGGACUUAUCCCCCCCACCACCACUUAUUAGUAAUUAUUUACAUUUUACAUUUUACAUUUUAGUCAUUUAGCAGACGCUCUUAUCCAGAGUGACUUUACAGUUUUAGUGAGUGCAUACAUUUUUCAUAUUAGUAGCAUCAGGAGUUGGACCCUCGUUAUGAUCUAUUACAAGGGCCUAGAGUUAUUCACUGACUCCUGGCCUAAUUAUUGCAUUAGUAGUGAAAUGUAGUGUAAUGUAGUGCACUGGUUCUCAAACUGUGGGUCGCGACUGUGAAACUGAAUGGGAACAAUGUAUACCAUUGCCCCUUCGAUCUGGUUACUAACAUUGGCCUACUAUAUAUAGAGUAAUGUAGCAGUGUUCAUAGCAGUGGAUGUUGUGUGUCUAUAGAUCUGGACCUGGCUAUUUUGAUUCCAAAAGACACCCAUGUCAUGGCCCAGGGAGAGGAGCUGAUGGCCACCUGCAACGCCCUGUCCUCCCUGCCCACACACACUGAAUGGUUCAAGGUAAAUUACAGUAGGCCACUGAGCCAAACGCUAUACUCCUACACAGUUAUAUUACAUUAUGUUACUGUAUAUUUCAUUUUUAGAGGCAAUCUAGCUAUGCUGAUAUGUAGUAUUUAGUAUUUAUUAGGAUCCCCAUACUCUUCCUGGGGUCCAAACAGGGUUAAAUCAAUUACCUCACAACAAAACACAACAACAGCCUACAUCUUAAAUAAAACAGUACAUCAUACAAUAUAUAUUAUUACUCUCUUAAUACAAAUGUACAAUAUAAAAUCCACAAUACCUCAACAUUGCAAUUUGUGUGUGUGUAGAGUGUGUUUUAGAGUGUGUGUGUAUGCGUGUGUGUUUGUGUGUGUGUGUCUCUUCACAUUCUGUGUUGUGCCAUGAGGUGUUGUUUUAUCCGUUUUUUUAUCUGAUUUUACUGCUCGCUUGAGUUACUUGAUGUGGAAGACAGUUCCAUGUAGUCAUGGCUAUAUAUAGUACUGCGUGUCAAUUUGCCACUGUUCUUCUUUGUGGCACUUGACCAUAUAACUGGGCAGUAGUCCAGCUGUGGUAAAACUAAGGCCUUAGGACUAUUUUGUUGAUUGUGAUGUCAAGAAAUCAAAGCAGCACUUUAUCAUAGACAGACCUCUCCCCAUUUACCUACCGUUGCAUCAAUAUGUUUUGACCAUGUCAGUUUACAAUCUAGGGUUACACCAAGCAGUUUAGUUUCCUCAACUUGCUCAAUUGCCCCAUUAUUCAUUACAAGAUUUAGAAUAGGUUUAGUGUUUAGCUAAUGUUUGGUCCCAAAUACAACUCUUUUAGUUUUUGUUAUAUUUAGGACUAGCUUAUUACAUGCCACCCAUUCCAGAACUGACUGCAGCUCUUUGUUCAGUGUUGCAGUAAUUUCGCUUGCUGUGGUAGCUGAUGUGUAUAAUGUUGAGUCAUCAGCGUACAUAGACACAUAGGCUUUACUCUAAUGACUGCCUCGCCUGGUUCACCAACUACUUCUCAGAUAGAGUUCAAUGUGUCAAAUCGGAGGGCCUGUUGUCUGGACCUCUGGCCGUCUCUAUGGGGGUGCCACAGGGUUCAAUUCUCGGGCCGACUCUAUUCUCUGUGUAUAUCAAUGAUGUCGCUCUUGCUGCUGGUGACGCUCGGAUCCACCUCUAUGCGGACGACACCAUUUUGUAUACAUCUGGCCCUUCAUUGGACACUGUGUUAACAAACCUCCAAACGAGCUUCAACGCCAUACAACACUCCUUCCGUAGCCGUAGUAAAACUAAAUGCAUGCUCUUCAACCGAACGCUGCUUGCACCCGCCCACCCGACUAGAAUCACUACUCUCGGCAGGUCUGACCUAGAGUAUGUGGACAACUACAAAUACCUAGGUGUCUGGUUAGACUGUAAACUCUCCUUCCAGACUCACAUUAAGCAUCUCCAAUCAAAAGUUAGAUCUAGAAUCGGCUUCCUAUUUCGCAACAAAGCCUCCUUCACUCAUGCUGCCAAACAUGCCCUCGUAAAACUGACUAUCCUACCGAUCCUUGACUUUGGCGAUGUCAUUUACAAAAUAGCCUCCAACACUCUACUCAGCAAAUUGGAUGUAGUCUAUCACAGUGCCAUCCGUUUUGUCACCAAAGCCCCAUAUACUACCUACCAUUGUGACCUGUACGCUCUUGUUGGCUGGCCCUCACUACAUACAGUGAGGGAAAAAAGUAUUUGAUCCCGUGCUGAUUCUGUGAAAUCUGUGGAGGGAGCUGAAGGUUCGAGUUGCCAAACGUCAGCCUCGAAACCUUAAUGACUUGGAGAAGAUCUGCAAAGAGGAGUGGGACAAAAUCCCUCCUGAGAUGUGUGCAAACCUGGUGGCCAACUACAAGAAACGUCUGACCUCUGUGAUUGCCAACAAGGGUUUUGCCACCAAGUACUAAGUCAUGUUUUGCAGAGGGGUCAAAUACUUAUUUCCCUCAUUAAAAUGCAAAUCAAUUUAUAACAUUUUUGACAUGCGUUUUUCAGGAUUUUGUUGUUGUUAUUCUGUCUCUCACUGUUCAAAUAAACCUACCAUUAAAAUUAUAGACUGAUCAUGUCUUUGUCAGUGGGCAAACGUACAAAAUCAGCAUAGCAACACCCACCCGUAGUCUGCGCUCCAGCAGGUAUAUCUCACUGGUCAUCCCCAAAGCCAACACCUCCUUUGGCCGCCAUUCCUUCCAGUUCUCUGCUGCCAAUGACUGGAACGAACUGCAAAAAUCUCUAAAGCUGGAGACUCUUAUCUCCCUCACUAACUUCAAGCGUCAGUUGUCAGAGCAGCUUACCGAUCACUGCACCUGUACACAGCCAUUCUGAAAUUAGCCCACCCAACUACCUCAUCCCCAUAUUGUUAUUUAUUUUGCUAAUUUGCACCCCAGUAUCUCUAUUUGCACAUCAUCUUUUGCACAUCUAUCAUUCCAGUGUUAAUUACGAAAUUGUAAAUAUUUUUGCACUAUGGCCUAUUUUUUUAUUGCCUUACCUCCAUAACUUACUACAUUCGCACACACUGUAUAUAUAUUUUCUGUUGUAUUUUUGACUUUAUGUUUUGUUUACCCCAUAUGUAAAACUCUGUGUUGUUGUUUUUAUCGCACUGCUUUGCUUUAUCUUGGCCAGGUCACAGUUGUAAAUGAGAACUUGUUCUCAACUGGCUUACCUGGUUAAAUAAAGGUUAAAUAAAUAAAAAUACUCGUACUAGUGGUAGGCAUUAGUAAAAAAAUGAAUAAAGUAAGGUGCCAAGACAGCUACCUUGACAUAUACCAAACUCUACCUGGUUUACAUUAGAGGCUUCCAUUAAAUAACUCCCACUGUGUUCUGUUAGAUAGGUAAAUCUCGAUCCAUGAUAUGGCAGAGGAAGGAAAGCCAUAACAUAUAUGUUUUUCAGCAGCAGACUAUGAUCAAUAAUGUCUAACUAAACAGCUCCCACAACCCCCUGAUAUCUGUCUCGAGUAUGUCUUUCGAAUCUCCCUGUGUCUUUCAAAUCUCCUAAAUGUUCUUUAAGAGGUGUGGCUGUGCUUGAUUUCUAUUGUGUGCGCGUGUGUGUGUGUGUGUGUGUGUGUGUGUGUGUGUGUGUGUGUGUGUGUGUGUGUGUGUGUGUGUGUGUGUGUGUGUGUGUGUGUGUGUGUGUGUGUGUGUGUGUCUAGAAAGGAGAAAAAGUUGCAGAGGGCCACACACUGACCCUGAAGGACGCUGUGUUUGACAUGGCGGGGACGUAUGUGUGUGUGGUGAAGGUGCCUUCACUGAAAGGACUGGAGACAAGUGGCUCUUUACAUGUCCUCGUACAGGGUGAGCCUACAAACACACACACACACACACACACACACACACACACACACACACACACACACACACACACACACACACACACACACACACACACACACACACACACACACAAACACACACAUAUACACACACAAACACACAACUAACCCUCCGUUCCCCUCUCCCGUGCAGGACCCCCAGAGAUCAAGGAGUCAGCAGACACAGUCCUGGAGGAGAGCACAGAGAAGUCCCUCAAGCUGAGCUGCCACGUUAGAGGAUACCCAACCCCUGUCAUCACCUGGAGCUCCUCUGACCAAUCACAGGUAGACAGGUAGACAGACAGACAGACCAGCAGGAAAAGAGGGCUUCUCUGGGUCAGUUCAUACAGACAAUGCUUAGACUUCUUCUUUUGAUCUAUUUAUGCACAGAUCUGUUCCGAUCCUGGCUACCUGGGUCAUUUCCUGUAACAAUGUUAAUAGACAAAGCAACUCACGUUCAACAUUCCUUUCUGAACCGACAUAUCUGCAUUUGUCAAUAAUGUUUAUUGUUUGUCCCAAAUUUUUCCCAUUGUAGUGCACUACUUUUGACCAGGGCCCAUAGGGCUCUGGGCAAAAGUAGUGCGCUUUAUAGGGAAUAGGAUGUCAUUUGGGACACACCCAAUGUUUCGGUUUCUGGUCUUACCUGUGCUUUAUUUCCCUGUUUGUGCUAGAUCCUGAAGGUGUCCCACAGACAGACAGAGGAUGAGGUUCUCAGUGUGGUGAGCGUCAAGGUGACCUCUGAUAUCACAGCCUACUGCAACGCCUCCAACAACCAUGGCACAGACUCCAUCUCCUUCAGCAUCAAAGCCAGUAAGUUCUGUCUGAACACUGUCUUAUUUGUCAUGUCUUGUAUAUUUUAUGUCAUCAUGUCCGGUUUGACUGUUAAGAGAAAAUUAACAGGCAGAAUAUACUAACGACCGACAGAAACUAAAUGACAGAAAACUUGAACCUGAGCUUCAAAUCAUCUUUAGUAAAGCUGCUCCUAGUUUUCCUCAAACUGUCAGUGCGCUAACAGGAGAGUGUCACUCUCCCUUUGCCUGUUUUCAAUGGUCCAAACGACCUCGUCAGCUCCCAGUACUACAGGUAAGUGUACCACUCUUUUAGUAGAUAACACUCACUGUCAUCACUGCUAUAGCAUUGGUUGAGUUCCACAUCGUCUUCACUGCAGUUGUGCUGCACAUUCCUGAAGAUCAUUAUAUCACAUCAAUGGGAUGUUUAACAUUUGCCAAGCAUUGUGAGAUCUGAUUACCUAUGCAGCGUGACUGCAAUAAAAACGACCAUGGUAUUGCAACAAGGAACUUCAUUUAUCAAUCAAGCGCACACCCUGUGCUCAAUCAGAUUUUCCCAAUUUUGUGGUUGAGCGGUUUAUUGUCUAGUUUAGCUUUCUGAGUCAGGCAGAAUUUUUUAAAAAGAAAAUGAAAAAUGUGACGGGUGCUUUUAGAAAUUACCAAAAUCUUAAUUAAAAUCUAUAAUGAAAUGGUCUUUAUGGGUGCAUUAAGGUUUCUACUGAUGAGGACGGUCAUGGUUGAGAAAUGUAUUUUCCAUGUGUUGAUCCAUCUUUAUGGGCCGGCUUCCCGGACACAGAUAGAUUAAGCCUAGUCCUGAGCUGGACUAAAAAUCUAUUUCAAUGGAGAUUCUGGGCUGUCAUUGAGCAUGCUUUUUAGUCCAGGAUUAGGCUCAAUUUGGGUCCAGGAAACCAGCCAAAGAACUCUUACUACGCUGUCAUCCUAUUUCGGACUAUGUUCACUAAAUGGCUGCAUAUCGCCCUAUUGCAUAAAGAUAGCCUACAGCUGUCUUGUUUGCACACAGAUCAGGAGCGAGGCUGAAACUGUAGCUGUGCGCUGAUGGUUAAAGUGCACUCAACACAGUCUCCUGACUCCCAUUGCCUCUGCGGACCGCUCACGUCAUGCCAGGAAAUCUUUGCCUUCGUCCCUCUGAGGGAAAAUCCUGUUUGCUGUUGUUUUAUUUGCAGACUAAAUUUGAUUAAAUGGCCAGUGCUGCCGCUCCUGGAAAUGAUUAUGGUAUUUUUUGGGGGGUGCAGACUGUAGAGCCUUUCCUGGUUCCUGUCUCCUGCCUAUCUGUGUUUGUAACGAGGAGCUAAGUGAUUAGGGCCAUGCUAAGUAGACAAGGCGGUUGUUACACAAUGGUUAACAGUGUUAGGUUGCCAUAGAGCUGCUGUAUUAUCGUGAUAACUGUGUCCGUGUGGUUUGUCUAGUAAAAACUCCAUCAGCGCCAAUAACAGUGGGAGCUCCAGUGCCGGUAACAACAGUAACCCCAGUAACUCCUCCGAAGAGAGUCAAGAAAGGUUUGUGACUUCCUGGUCCUGGGUCUUGAUGUUGACACCCACCUAACACGCUUAGAAGGCUGCCCUGCCCACCCCUCGCUCCAUCUAGUUCACACUGCCUAGACUGAUCCCCCCCACCACCACCAUCACCCUCCACAGCCUGCACACUCUCUCUUUCGCGCCACAGCACCCUCGUUCUCUAUGCAGGGGAGGGCUUUGUACUCACUACUCAACACCUGUGACAUAUGGAAUAAUUAAUAAUUUAAUAGGAUCUCUCUGUUUGUGACUUUGUAAUACUGUAUGAAAAUGUACCGUAUUACACAACUUUAUCUAUGUGGAGAGAUACUUAUAAAUGAUCAAGUGGAAAAUUAUGAAAUCUAUAAUUAUUUUAUUUUUGAUCAUCAUACAUUGUUAGUUACAAUUGUAUCAUUUUAAUAUUUUCUCUGUAUGAUGCUUCAUGAAUCAUCGAAAAACAUAAUUAGAAAAAACAAAGUUAAACCAGGCUGAAAAGUUUAAUUUGCAUCUUGUGCAUUUUGAGUACAAACCCCCUCCUGAGAGAAUGGAGUGGUAUCACCCAUUCUCUCCCUUGAUGGAAAUGGAUCCACCCAUCUACAUCUGCAUCCAUCUACAGGUCCAUCCCCAAGUGCACCCAUCCACCUCUUUACCUUCCCUUACUCUUUCUCUCUCCCUUUGUCAUGCUGCCUCUUUCUGUAGUUCUGGUUGGUAUUCUCUGACAGAGAAACCAAGCAGCCCAACUCUGGAAAGUGUUUCUUCUGACUGAUCUUUAGUCCUCAAUAAAGAACUUCUUCCAUGAUGAACAACCUGGUCAGAGACUGCACGCCUGUUCAUCACCACCACCACCUGUGCAUGCUGUCUCUGAAUGAUGCAAGCGACCCCCCACGCACGCAUGCACACACACACACUGCACAAGCAUCAUCAGAAACUCCUUAAGAGGACAAUGUUAUCAUAAAGCAAUUACCGGACAGGAAAUGACCCGUGGUUCCGCCUCUUCUUCUUUGUCCCACCAGAGGGCAGCGGUGUGAUCAUCGCUGUCAUCAUCAUCUGUAUUCUCCUGCUGGCUAUCCUUGGCAGUGUGCUGUACUUCCUGCACAUGAAGGGCAAGAUCCCAUGUGGGCGUUCGGGCAAGCAGGAUCUGUAAGCGUUUUCCACAUUUUUUUCUUUAUUUCAGGUUUGCAAAAUUCCAGAAGCAUUCUCAAAAUUCCCAGGUUUUCCAGGAAUCCUCCAACCAGAAUUGCUGGAAGAGCUGUGGAUUUUGGGGAAAGUUUUUGUAAUUUUGCAACCUUAUUUGGAAUCAAAUAAUUUGUUGGAUAUGCCUCAGAGGUACCUCUAAAAUAGCUCAUUGCCAUUGAUGUGUUUUUUUCUUCCUGAUUUUACCUGAUGUGUCAUUAUCGUUGCUAUCAGAUACCCUUUUCACACUAUCGUGCUGACCCGAACCGUACUGUGCUGACUGGGAUAGUUUAUUGUCCUUUUUAGUAUCGCAACUAUGGUGGAGUCAUAAACAGGCCAGCUCGGGUUGUCUUGGCAUAGUAGUGUGAAAAGGUAAUACAUUGGUCAUGCCGGUGACUCUGAGCUGUCCUUCUAGUACCAAACCGAAUAAGGGCAGCAUCGUGGUGGAGAUGAAGAGUGACAACACAGAGGAGGCCGUGCUUUUAGGUGUCAACGGAGACAAGAAGCCCCCUAGUGAC